CGCACUAGUAGCGAACAGCAUGGCGACCAUGUGAUGUGUACUCACACAAACGUGAAUAAAAUACUCGUUAUACUCCCCGUUGAGUGUAAUACUUGACAGCCAGUGACUGUUUGUACUCAGUCGAAAGGGAGUAGUUAUCGUCGACAAAACAGCCACACACGGUACAGACUCAACCAUGCCCGGAUACAGUUACGAACAGCUUCAACAGCUCGUGAAGAUGAGUCAUGAGAUGAAGAAAAUGGCGUACUGCCCGUACAGCAGGUUCCCAGUCGGGGCCGCGCUGCUAACAGCUGAUGGAACUGUUUUCACAGGUUGUAACGUUGAAAACGCAUCAUAUAGCCUCGGGAUUUGUGCGGAGAGAACAGCCAUUGUCAAGGCCGUGUCAGCAGGUCAUCAAAAGUUCAAGGCCAUAGCUGUCGCAAGUGAUCUGAAGGAAAGGACCAUUGUGCCAUGUGGUGCAUGCCGACAGGUUCUGAUGGAGUUUGGCGGCGACUGGGAUGUAAUAAUGACGAAACCGGAUAUGACGUACGAAAAAAUGACAACGAAGGAGUUACUUCCCUUGUGCUUUGGACCUACCUAUCUACAACGGGAGAGAGCUGUAUAAACUGGUUAUAUUUGCAAUCCCGAGAACCAUCAUAGAGUCAUUCUCCAGUCUACCCUGGUUAUAUAGCCUUCAUUUAUCAACCUGAGCUGCGUUUUGACAAUAAAAGCUAUUCUAGUCAGUUAAUCGUAGCAGGGAGGGGCGGUUGGGUAGACUGGUGGUUAAAGCUUUCGCUU